AUGUCCUGUCAGGAAUGGUCUAGUCGAAGGUGUCGGAAGUUUUUGCCAGGGAUGUUGGUUCCUGAUGUGUAUAGGCCAGCUGCAUCUCUGUCUGUGCUGAAACAAUUACGAAACAAAUCUGACGAAAGUGCUGUAUCAGCUGAAAAAGGCCUUUUGCAACCACUAGCAAAAGGGAGUCGAUUAAUUAUUAUUCAUGCUGGUGGCAAGAUGGCUUUUAUAGAAAACGCCUGUCUGAUUUACAAGUCAGGUUUAAAAACAGUCGAUUAUCAUGUUAACAUGAACUACAACAACUACCGAAAGUGGGUCCAAGAAAAACUGCUCCCUAAUUUGUCAAAUUGUAUCAAAUUGCUGAAGUUUAAAAUCUACGACAUCGACGAAAUAAUACAAAAAGCUGGUCAUGAUGUUUUACGAUUACCGUCAUAUCAUCCAGAAUUAAACCCCAUUGAAUAUGUUUGGGCAGCUCUAAAACAUUUUGUUACAGAACGCAAUGUGUCUUUUAACUUGGGUGACGUAAAAAAACUUUGUGAAGAAUUUUUCUCUAUCGAAAAAUGGGAAAGAGUGUUCAAAAAGUUAUUAAGCAAGAAGAUGCAUACACAUUAGAAGAUCCAGUUAUCGAUAGGGUAAUUGAAGACUUGGUUAUUGAAGUAGGAGUCGACGAUGAGUCGAGAGUUCUGCUCAUUCAAGCUUGUUCCAGGUAUUUCUGUCUUGCUCACGCCUAGUGUGUAUUCUUUCUAUCUUCGCGCAG